AUGACUCUUUCACCAGAUUAUGGAUGUAAUAAGGCGAAAGAUUAUGUUGAUUAUGUUCAACAACAGAGAUUACUUCAAUUUCUUAGCGGGUUGAAUAAAGUGUAUGAUCAAUCUAGGAGGCAAAUUCUCAUGAAAACUGCAGAACCGACCUUGAAUCAAGCUUAUGCAAUGAUCAUUGAAGAUGAAAAUCAGUUAUCAAAUCCUUAUCUAUCUGUGACUAUGAAAGAAAAACUUGUGUUCAAAUCAUCAGGAGGAGGCGAUCCAAAUCCACUAGCUAUACAAGUAGGAAGAAGACAACCUUACAAAGGAAAGAAGCAAUAUGCAGUAAAUUAUGCAGGAAUACUUGAAGGUGAUACAAAAAGGUCAUCUGAAGAAGGAAAGAAUAAUCAUUUUACAGAAGAUUGGUAUAAACAAAUUUUGAAACUGCUGAACAAAGGCAAUAUAUUAGCAGAUCAGAAUCUGAAGCAGAAACAUGUGAAUAUGACAGAUGCUCUAGAUUGUAUAAAAGAGUUGUGUUUAAAUAAAGGUGAUCAGGUGUGUAUGCCUACUAGUAGGAAAUCUGAAAUUACACACAUUGGUGAUCAGGAUCUUUACAGUGUCAAAGUAAGGGAGCUUGGUAAGGAGAGUGAGGGCUUGUACAUCAUCAAGAAAAACAAUGAUGUAGGAAGCAAGAAGGUUAUCUCAAAUACUACUACGGAGAAGAUGGUAGUAGAUGGAGGCUUAUGGCAUAUGAGGCUAGGACAUGCAUCUGUCAGCAUCAUGAAGAAUCAGAAUGGAAUAGCUGAAAGAAAGCAUAGAUAUGUAUUGGAUGUUGCACGAGCUUUAAAGUUUCAAGAAAGUGUUCUAAAAAAGUUUUGGGGAGAAUAUGUACUCACUGUAGUGUGCAUUAUUAACAGGCUUCCCUUUGAGGUAUUGAAAGGGAAAACACCAUAUGAGAUGUUACAUGAUAGACCACCAUCAGUUGCUCACUUGAGAGUGUUUGGGUGCUUGUAUUAUGCAACAGAGCUUGUCACUAAGGAUGUGGUGUUCAAGGAACACAUAUUUCUAUUUGAUGUUAACUCUACAACUAUUGAAGUAUCUCAUUCAGCCCAUAACAGGGGGACUGAUCUGAUUGCUCAUGAUCUUGAGCCACUUGAGUCAUCAACAAGUCUUGAUAUAGUUAUGCCAAGUCUUGAUAUAGUUGCAGAAAUUACAGUUAAUGCAGCCGAUACAGCAGAUACAGAAGAAGAACAUGACAUGGACCAACACAUAGAAGAUUAUGAUAAGGUUGAUGACAAUAAUGGAGUCAGAAGAUCUAUUAGAAGCACUAAAGAUCCACUUUGGCAUCAAGACUAUGUUCUCACCAAGAAGAGGGCCAAUGGAACAGUAAAGUAUUCUUUGUCAGAUCACCUUGCUUAUGAUGAGAUUUCUCAAAGGUGUAAAGUGUUUUUCGCUAAUAUUUCAGCUCUUGUAGAACCUGCCACUUUGUUGAAGCCUCAAAAGACCAAGGGUGGCUUGAAGCAAUGA